AUGCAAUUAAAGUAUCUAAAGACAGCACUUGAGCCUCAAGAUCACUUGAGUCGAAUCGCUGGAUUAUCAUGGUCACCGAACUGUCAAAAAUUGGCUGUGGCUACAUCAGAUCGAACUGUAUUGCUUUUUGAUGACAAUGGAGAAAGGAAGGAUAAAUUUUCAACAAAACCAGGAGAUCCAUCAGCAAGUCGAGGUUCUUAUGUAAUUCGAGGUAUUGCAUUCAGUCCCGAUUCUACGAGACUUGCUGUCGCCCAGAGUGACAAUAUUGUUUAUGUCUAUAAACUUGGUGAUAAUUGGAAUGACAAAAAGGUGAUUUGUAACAAAUUUGUGCAGCAAUCUGCAGUUGCAUGCAUGAUAUGGAUGUCAUCUGGAAUGAUAAUCGCAGGCUUAGAAGAUGGAAGGGUUCGAGCACUUCAUUGUAAAAAUAACAAGUCACAGAAUUUGUAUGGAACUGAAUCUAUGGCAAUUACGUUAGCAUCUAAUGCUCGUGGUACGGGAGUUAUAUCAGGGCAUGAUGAUGGAUCAGUUAUAAGAUUUUACAUUGUUGAAGAAAAUUCAGAACCAUCUGGUCGAUUAUUUCAACAUUCUGUGCCACCUUCAGCUCUCGCUUGGAGUUCUAGUGGAGCAAUAAUCGCUGCUGGUUGUGAUAAGAAAGUCAAUUUUUAUGACUGGCAAGGUCGUCUACAACGAUCAUUUGAUUAUUCACGUGAUGAUAAUGAACGUGAAUUUAUGAUAGCUACAUGUAGUCCAAAUGGUCAGAGUGUAGCUGUUGGCAGUUUUGAUCGCAUUAGAGUCUACACAUACAGUCCACGUCAAAACUCAUGGAGUGAAGCUUUAUCGAAGGACAUUGCUAAUUUAUAUUCAAUAACUGCACUCUCAUGGAGGAAAGAUGGUGCACGAUUGGCAGUAGGAACUGUCUGUGGAGGUGUCUUUUAUUUCGAAAGUGUCAUUAAGAGAACAAUUUGGCAAGACAAGUUUGAGAUAACAUUCGUGGCACCUAGUCAAGUUCUAUUGAAAUCAUUACAAGAACCAUCAAAUUCAAUGAUUGUCGAGUCACAGUCAGGCUUAGAAAUUGAUGAUGUUCGUAUAAUGGGAAAGGACAAUUUUUUAGUCGCUAGAACUGAUGAAUCCUUAAUACUUUGUGAUCUUACUCGAUCUCUAACCAGUGAAGUUUCUUGGAUAGCUACUGGUCGUCAUGAACGAUUUUACUUUGAGAAUCCAAAUGUUUGUUUAAUCUUCAAUGCAGGAGAGCUUUCUUUAGUUGAGUAUGGAGAUAGCUUCAUAUUGGGUUCAGUUCGGACUGAAUUUGUUAAUCCACAUUUAAUAUCAGUUCGAUUAAAUGAACGAGGAACUUCUACGAAUAAUAAGAAGCUAGCUUAUUUACUUGAUAUGAAAACAAUUUGUGUUGUCGACUUGAUCAUGCAAACAGUCAUCACGCAAAUCUCUCAUGACUCAAAAUUAGAUUGGCUUGAAUUAAGUGAGACAGCUCAUAAACUUUUAUUUCGAGAUAAGAAAAUGAGGCUAAUUGUUGUGGAUAUCCAAUCUGGAAGGAAGCAGACGUUAUUAAGUAAAGUACAAUUUGUACAGUGGGUUAGUAAGAGUGACGUUGUUCUAGCUCAAACUGACAGUAAUUUAGCAGUUUGGUAUAAUAUUGAUCUACCAGAACAUGUCACAAUUAUGACUGUACGAGGUGAUGUGGUUGAUGUCAUAAGGGAAGACGGAAAAACAGAAGUUCACACAAAGGAAGGCGCAACUGAACAUAUUUAUCCAUUAGAUGAGGGACUUGUUGAGUUUGGAACAGCAUUAAAUGAUGGAGAUUUUGGACGUGCUGUAAUUUAUCUUGAAACUCUUGGCGAUAAACCAGCAGCAAAGGCAAUGUGGCAUAACUUAGCAAAUAUUGCCCUAAUUCAACAAAAUCUUCGUGUUGCACAUCGAUGCUUCGCAGCACUUUCUAAUGCCUCGAAAACUUACUAUCUCUAUGAAACUAUAAAAAUUGGUGAACGAUAUGCUGAAUCCACAGGACAGUCUGAAAUUCAAUGUCCAGAAGUUCGUGCUAGAUUAGCUUUACUUGGUGGAGAUUUACGAGCUGCUGAGAGAAUUUAUAUUGAUCAAGGUGAUAUUGAGUCAGCACUUCAGAUGUACAUUAAAUUACGUCGUUGGGAUGAUGCAAUAAAGUUGGCAGAACGUCGCGGUUAUCCAGGUGUUUAUGAUUUAAGAGAGAAACAAAUGUCAUACUUGCUGACAACUAAUCAAGAAGAAAAAGCCGGUGAAGUUUUAGAAGAACGUGGUGAGAAAGAUAAAGCAUUAACUUUAUACAUGAAAGCUAAUAAGCCAGGCAAGGCAGCACGAUUAGCUCUCAAAACGCCAUCGUUGCUUCAAAAUGAAGAUUUAAUUUCAAGAAUAAUUUCUCUUCUCGUUCGUGCUGAACUGUUUGAACUGGCUGGUGACUUGGCACACAAAACUAAUCAACUGGAUUUGGCAACAAAGUUUUAUAAGAAAGGCAAUGCAUUCUCACGUGCUAUUGAAAUCGCACGAAUUGUAGCACCUGAUGACGUAACAUCACUUGAAGAAGAAUGGGGUGAUCAUUUAGUGUCGAAAAGGCAGUUGGAUGCAUCCAUUAAUCAUUAUAUAGAAGCUGGAUGUACAUUAAAAGCACUUGAUGCAGCUAUGGGUGCAAAACAGUACAGAAAAGCUGUUCAAAUCAUGAAAGUUCUGGAUGAGCCAGAAGAGAUUAAAAAGUAUGCAAUGGAACUAGCUGAACGUUUGUCAAGCAUUGGUGAUAUUGAAACUGCUGAGGAUAUCCUUGUUCGAGCUGAAAUGUACACAGAAGCAAUAGAGCUGCUUAACAAACACAACAAAUGGGAAAAGUCCUUUGAUAUAGCUGAACAAUAUUUAGAAGGAGAUGAAAUUACGAGACUUUUUGGUGAUGUUGCUACAAAAUUGGAAGAAGACAAGAAGUUUAGAGAUGCUGAGAAAGUUUACAUAAUUAUGAGUCAACCAGAUAAAGCUAUUGAGAUGUACAGAAACGUUGAAAUGUAUGAUGCAAUGAUUCGACUCGUCGAAAGAUACCAUAAAGAGCACUUGGAAGCAACACAUCUUCAAUUAGCACGACAACUUGAAGAAAAAGGACGUUUGAAGAACGCAGAAGUUCACUUUGUCGCUGCUGGAGAUUGGAAGUCAGCUGUUCAUGCUUACUGCUCAGCUGGAAAAUUUGAGGAAGCUUUUAGAGUCUCAAAACAGAAAGGAAGUGAUGGUGCGUCAAAUCAAGUCGCUUAUAUGUGGGCAAAAUCUUUGCCAUCAGUUGAUGGUGCUGCAAGACUCCUUACAAAAAUGGGUCUAGUCGAUACAUCCAUUACUUUUGCAUGCGAUUCUGGGCAGUUUGAUUUUGCGCUUGAUUUAUGUAAAGCAACUGGAAAGGUUGCAGAUGAUGUUCAUUACAAGAUUGCAUUGUCAUUUGAGGAUGAAGGGAAGUUCCCAGAAGCAGAAACUGAAUUUUUACUAGCAAAUAAGCCAAGAGAGGCAAUAAUGAUGCAUGUUCAUGGUGGAGAUUGGAAGUCGGCUAUUAAAAUAGCUGAAAAGCAUGUCCCAGAAGCAGUCAAUGAAGUUUUAAUAAAUCAAGCAGGUGCUGCUUUAGAAGCCAGGAACUAUCAUGAAUAUGAAGCACUUCUAAUUCGUGCAGAACGUCCUGAUUUGAUAAUAAAUCAUUAUAAGGAAUAUAACAUGUGGCAUGAAGCUAUUCGUAUUGCUGAAGAAUAUUUGCCACAAGAAGUAGCUGAACUAAAACGCAUGCAGAUUCGAUCUAAUCGUGGUUCCGCUUCCGGUGAUUCUCGAAGUUUAUUACAACAAGCAUCCGAAUAUGCCAGAAAUGAAGACUUUAAGAAGGCUGCUGAAUGUCUAUUGCAAAUUAACCAAACGAAUGCUGAAGAACAGUCGGUUGAGCGUGCCUUAAUUCGUGCUGCAGAAAUCUGUAAUCAAUUUUUGGAAGGAGAAGAAGCUGUUGAAAUUGCUAGGGAACUUGGACCAAGGCUCAUGGAUAUAAAUUUAAUUGGUCCGGCGGCUCAACUUUAUUUGGCAGCAGAACUACCAAAGGAAGCUGUUGAUGUAUUUAUUCAGUCUGAUAAUUGGAGUAAGGCUAGACGAUUAGCUAAGGAAAUCGACCCAACCUUAUUAAACUACGUCGAGUCACAACAAAAGUUUAAAUUAAAGCAUCAAGGAAAUGUUGAACAGCUUGCAGACAUAGAUAUUGUAAGUGCACUCGAUUUACUAGCUGAACAGCAACAAUGGACGAGAUGUAUAGAGAAGGCAAAGCAACAUGGUGGACAAAUAUUGCAAAAGUAUCUAGCACAAUAUGCAGCCCAAUUAAUACGAGAUAGUGAGGCACCAGCAGCACUUAAUUUAUAUUUACAGUAUGGAGCACCUGCAUUGGCACAAAAUUACACAGUUUAUCAUCGAAUUGCUACAGAAUGUUUUGGUCUGCGAGAACCUGAAGGAUUAAAUUUAUGGAAAGACUUGAGAAACUUUUUAUUCCAAGUUGUAAAAGCAAUAAAGGCAAGUGACACACCAGACACUAGCAAUGCUGUUGAUAAAUUCGAGCAUUUACUGAUGAUUGCUCAUUUUUAUGCUGUCAGAGCUGCAUGUAGACAAGUGUCAGCCUUACAAAACAUAUCAUUGAAAAUUUCUGUAGCACUUUUAAGGUACACGGACGUUAUUCCAUGCGAUAAAGGAUUUUAUGAAGCAGGAAUGGAUUUGAGACAAGUUGGAAGAGAAUCGGAAGCAUUUGUGAUGUUAAAUCAUUAUUUGGACAUUUGUGAAGCUAUUGAAGAAGGUUCUGGUGAUUUAGUAGAUCACACAGAUUUAGGAUCAACGGAUUAUCCAAGUUCCGUUCCCAUUCCUGAGUCUAUGCAUUUAAAACAUGAAAUGAAAUUACAUGAAGAAAUUCGAGAUUGGGUUUUAGCAAUAAGCAUGGAUCAACAGGUUGAUCAGUCAUUACCUGUUGAUGAUAGAAAUCUUUAUGAAUCAAGCGUAGGUAUGGGCGAUUCUGUAUGUCUUAUUUCAUCAUAUCCAGUUCUAGGACGUCAGCCAAUAACAUUCCAACGUUCCUCAAAUUUGUGUAAUCGUGAUGCAUACAGCAAAUUGACAGUAUCAGCAAAAAUGUCACCACACACGGAUGUUCCUGAAAUUAUAGAGUUCUUAGAACAAUGGCAAGGUCCUGCAAAUUUUUUAUCAUCAUGA